AUGGAGAGCAAAGAGGAAAAUGAGAUGAGAGUGGCUGCAUUAUGUAAAAGUCUUGGGCAUUUGUGGUCUGAAGAAGAUGUAGUCCAAGUAUCUGAUGAAAUACCUCAACAUAAACGAGAGGAAUGCAGUCGAACUCUUUUUGGAAAAUUGUAUUCUAAACCAAACGCGAACUAUCCAGCCUUCGUUACUACAAUGAAAAAAGCAUGGAAAACAGAAGUGGUUAUAUGUUCCCAGAAGGAACCGGGGCUAUUCAGUUUUUUAUUCCCAACGGAGGAGGAAAAGCAGCGAAUCAAGAGGAACUCACCUUGGUCAUACUCCACAAAUCUGAUUGUCCUGAAACAGUGUCUCCCUGAAGUCCCUGAGCACUGCUACGAUUUCACUAAGGAAGAAUUCUGGGUGCGUAUAGGAGGAGUUCCCCCUGGUUGGAGAAUAGAAAAAGUGUUUAAUGAACUGGGGAAAAGGGUGGGAAAUGUAAAAGAAGCUCAAAUCGACUCAACAACUAAUGUUCAAAACAGAGGAGGAAGAGUUAGAGUUGAGAUUGAUCUGACCUCACCUUUGAAAUUGGGAGCUAUUAUGGAUAUUGGCAAUAGCUGGCUUUGGGUGGAGUACAAGUAUGAGCGUCUUCCACACUACUAUUUCUCUUGUGGCUGA